AAUCUCAGUGGUGGGGAGGAGGAUAAUCGGCAAAAGCAAUAUUGUUCAUACGGAUAGGGGAUUUCAAGGGGAAAACUUUGAAAAAAUUUUAGCCCACACAAAUGGGUGUGGAUCGGAAUGACCUCCAGCUGCAACCAAUUGCUCAUCAAUUGGAGGUUUCAUCUCUCCCAAUUCCCCAUCCUGCUUUCCGCUGGCAAAUUCAUCUCUUCAAUGUCUCAUUAACGAUGAACUGCGUCCUCUUCUUCCUCCUCCGCGUACCGAAUCUGGAUUCUUGAACUACUUUGUAUGAUGGUUCCAUGCCUCUCAUGUGCUCAUCCGCCUGAAGUUUUCCCCAACAACAAUUUACUCCUGAGCUCGAGAGGGAUCAUCGGACCGAAGAAGGCCCUCUUCUUACUUCAAAACUGCAAGAAUUUCAAACAUCUCAAGCAAAUCCACGCCAACAUAAUUCGCAGCGGCCUUUCCAACCAUCAGUUACUCGCUAGGAAAUUGAUUCACCUCUACUCUUCUCAUGGAACGAUAGCGUACGCGAUUAUUCUAUUCCGCCAAAUCGAGAUUCCUUGCACGUUUACUUGGAAUCUGUUCAUCCGGGCCAACACUAUCAAUGGUCUCUCUGAAGAAGCCCUUCUUUGGUACAGGAAUAUGGUACGUCAUGGAAUUGCACCCGAUAAGUUUACUUUUCCAUUUGUCAUCAAAGCUUGCACAAUUUCCUUCGCAAUUGACCUUGGAAAAGUGGUUCACGCGUCGUUGAUCAAAUACGGAUUUUCGACGGAUACAUUUGUGCAGAACAAUCUGAUAGAUUUGUACUUCAAGUGUGGACAUAAACAGUGUGGUCAUAAGGUGUUCGAGAAAAUGCGUGUUCGCAAUGUGGUGUCGUGGACAAGCAUGAUAUCCGGGCUGGUUGCUUGCGGGGAAGUCCAGGCAGCACGAAGGGUAUUCGAUGAAAUGCCAUCUAAAAAUGUUGUCUCCUGGACAGCAAUGAUUAAUGGGUAUAUAAGAAGUCAACAGCCUGAAGAAGCUGUGGAACUAUUUGGGAGAAUGCAGGCAGAGAAUGUUUGCCCAAAUGAGUAUACGCUGGUAAGCUUGAUCAAAGCAUGUACUGAAAUGGGAAUCCCAAGUUUAGGUAGAAAGAUUCAUGAUUUUGCCAUGACAAAUUGUUUCGAGAUCGGUGUUUAUCUAGGGACGGCUUUGAUUGACAUGUACAGCAAAUGUGGUAGUCUAAAGGAUGCGGUAGAAGUUUUUGAGACGAUGCCCGAAAGAAGUUUGGCGACUUGGAAUUCGAUGAUCAGUAGCUUAGGGGUGCAUGGGCUUGGGGAGGAAGCGCUCAAUGUUUUCAGUGAGAUGGAAAGGGUAAAUGUGAAGCCAGAUGCAAUCACUUUUGUGGGUGUUUUGUGCGCUUGUGUACAUAUGAAGAAUGUGGAGGCAGGCUGCGCUUACUUCAAACGAAUGACACAACAUUAUGGCAUUGUGCCAAUUCCUGAGCACUACAAGUGCAUGGCUGAGCUAUAUGCUCGUUAUAGUUCCUUGGAUGAAGCCUUCGAAUCAGCGAAACCCACGUAGAUGGAAAGGACGCGUUGGCCUGUGAGCGGGCACGCAUGUAAGAUAUUGAUAGAAUAAUACUUGGUUACUGAUUCGCUAGUAGCCAAGUGUUAUUUGCAGGGAUAAUGAGUACAGAAAUAUGUAAAUGAAUGAGGUUGCAAGUUCGACCAACAUCCCUUUCUAAGCAGAUGCGGACUUCUUGCGGAGUAUUUUGACUUCUUGCUUGCUUUUUAACUGUCAUUUUGUAUGUUGAAGAAGCGUUUUUUUAUGCAAUACUUGUAAUUGAUUGUCAUUUCAAUGGUUAUACGAUUUUAAUGGA